UGUUCCUCUGUUUUAAGCUCUUGUUUUCAGUUUUAUUAUACAAUAUUUAUUUUUUAUUGUUAUUAUUACAAAAAAUAUUUGUUUCCUAAAGCUGUUGAUAACAUUUUAAGCAAGCCGUUUUUCCUGCCUUGGGUGCGCGCACGCAACUGUGUACGCGUAUUACGUUCUCCAGACACGCGCAAUGAUAGCCGGAAGCAUCGAUGGGAGGAAAAUAAAAAUCGAUUAAAGCCAGUGUAAUUCGCCAGUGAAAAAAAAAUCUCUUACUUGCUGUCCUUUCUGUGACCACAGGCUUGAGUUCCUCCGUGUUUUUAUUUCACCGCCGUGCUGGAGGGGACAACAGACAGCAGAAAACCCGCUGCGUUUGUACGAAGUUGCGCGGUUGGGGGGUUAUAGCUGACGUGUGGAGAAGUUGAGACUACUGGAGCGCAGAUAAACAAACAUAAACAAUCAGGGAUCAGCUGAGUGCCUGCUCGAACCGAUCCAGUAGCUCGGUGAGAUGGCAGGGACAGCCAAAUCCCUGUUCGGAGCCCGGGAAUGAGCCGCAGGAGACGGUGACUUCCACCGAGACUUGCUUCUACAUGUCAACUGUCAACACUGGCAACACCAAAGAAUUUGGAAAACACGAGGAGCAGCCACAGGCUUUAGGAGAAAAUUCACUGCUCCACGUACUGUUGUCCACACACAGCGACGUUAGCAUGGCCAGCCAAUGAGUUCACCUUUCAGGUUACAGCUGGAAACAAACAAAUACAUAUAGUUCAAGGAGGCAGAGGUUCCCUGAUCUGUGGCCCCUGGUGUCACAAGUGGAAUGAACAUGGCCCACCAGGCAACCCCUAGUUCUCAGAAGGCCCUGAUGAUGGAGCUAAAGUCCCUGCAGGAGCAGCCGGUGGAGGGCUUCCGCAUCACCCUGGUAGAGGAGUCUGACCUCUACAACUGGGAAGUGGCAAUCUUCGGGCCCCCCAAUACCUUAUAUGAAGGAGGCUAUUUCAAGGCUCACAUCAAGUUCCCAGUUGACUACCCAUACUCCCCGCCUACAUUUCGCUUCCUGACUAAGAUGUGGCACCCAAACAUUUACGAGAACGGAGAUGUAUGCAUCUCCAUCUUGCACCCGCCUGUUGAUGACCCACAGAGCGGGGAGCUGCCAUCUGAGAGGUGGAACCCCACCCAGAAUGUCAGGACGAUCCUGCUCAGUGUGAUCUCUCUACUCAACGAGCCCAACACCUUCUCUCCAGCCAAUGUAGACGCCUCGGUCAUGUUUCGCAAAUGGAGGGACAGCAAAGGCAAAGAUAAGGAGUACGCAGAGAUUAUAAGGAAACAGGUGUUGUCAACGGCAGCAGAGGCUGAGCGGGAUGGCGUCAAGGUGCCGACCACGUUGGCGGAGUACUGCGUCCAGACCAGGGUUCCCUCUCAGGACAGCAGCUCUGACCUUCUGUACGACGACCUCUACGACGACGACAUGGAGGAGGAGGACGAGGAGGAAGACGAGAGCGAGAUGGAGUCUGUGGGUGAGGCCGGCGGCAUCAGCUUUCUGGAGGAAGGUGGGACGUCCACCAGGCUCUAUGACAACCAGGACGACUCUGGCAAUGAAGACUCAUGAUGAUCUCGGAUGAUAAAUCCUCCCUGCCAUUUUAGUCCUGCCGUCGGCUUUCAUUUUUCAGUGUGUGGAUGUGUGUGUGUGUGUGUGUGUGUGCAUGUUUUUGCACAAACGGGGGGGGGGGGGGGGGGGGGUCAAAAGUCUACUGCCAAAACAUUUAAUCAUUUAGAAAACUAACAGAUUUGAUCAAGUCAAAGUUUUCACAUGCUGUCAAAAAACAAACUUUGCAACAGAGUUUUUGUUGGCACUUUAUUCUGCUGUAAGUCAGAGUUUGGUGUUCUCACCGUUUGCCUUAACAACACCGUGAACUCUGUCUACUGCUUAGCAAAGUUUGAGUUGUGAAAAUAUUCAAACCCAGAGAAAGAGAUUCUUGAGAAAAGUGUUAAAACUCAUAUUUCACGUUUCUAAAAUAUUCAGUCAUUUUCUAUUCUCCACUUCGGCAUGCAGAUGUCAAACUAGAUAACCCUCCUGCUGAAUAUUUACAUCACCAGUCUAGUUUGUGUAAUUUUUGAUGCGACCAGUUCCUGUGUUUUUAUUUCAUAUACGAAUAUUUGGUCACUCUUCAUCACUGAUGUCUUCCUUGGUUCUGUAUCUUUAAUGUUCUCACAGUUCAUUGUGCUUCAUGCAUUAAUAUUGUGAGGAUGCCAUCUCCUCGAGUCUGUCUGGUCCAGAUUUGGAUGACAUUGUCACUAUUGAUGAAAAUAAUGAAUAGCUUUCUUUUAAUAUACAAGUUACUAGUGGAAAUGUACUUAUUAAAAAUGAAGCAACAUGGUAUCAGUAUAAACUGGUAGAAACUGUUUUCUGAAUAGACAGACUUUUAGUCUUGACAGGUGACAGAAAUAAGUUGUGUUUGUGGUGGUCUGUUGAACCCCACUGCCACCUGCCAGCUCUUGUUCUGGAGUUAAAUGAGAUAUUGGAUCCAUCAUGUAUUUUCUUGUAGCUGGGGGUGGCCCUGUUGCCUUGCAGCAAGAAGGUCCCAGGUUCAAAUCCUGGCCUGGGGUCUUUCUGCAUGGAGUUUGCUUGUUCCCCGGUGCAUGCAUGGGUUCUCACCAGGUACUCCGGCUUCCUCCCACAGUCCGAAAACAUGACUGUUAGGUUAAUUGGUCUCUCUAAAUGUACCUUUGGUGGUGUUUGUGCGCGCACGUGUGUGUGCAUACAUUGUUUGUCCUGUGUGUCUCCAUGUUGUCUGUUGAUGGACUGGCAACCUGUCCAUACCACAUCCCUUGCCCAAUGGCCGCUGCAGAUAGGCACCAGCCUGCUGUGUCUCAGUCUAGUGAGGCGACAUUUGGCACUUCUGCUCAUCAGGCGAUCAAUGUGAUGGGCAGCUUGUCCUCUCACUCUCAUUUAGGACAUUUCUUUAUCUCAAAGUUCUCUGUUUGACGUUGACAUGAUUGUCUUACAGUGUACCUCGUAAACAUUUUCACACUACAACCAUCAAGUUCAAUGUAAUAUAUUGGGAUUUAAUGUGAUAGACCAACACAAAGAAGUGUAAAAUGAAGCACCUCUGACCCCGUCCCUCUGGGGAAAUGCAUUCCCAUAUCAUGAUGCUGCCCCCAUCAUGCAAAACCGUGGAGACGUGUUUGAGGUGAUGUUCAGUGUUAGUUUUCCACCACUGAUAAUGUUUUCAUGUAGGCCAAAAGCCGCGUUUUGGUCUCCUCUGACGAGAGCAGUACGUUCCACAUGUUUGCUGUGUUCUCUGCAAAAAGGACUUUCUUUGAACAAUGACCUUCUUGUCACUUUUUUAUAAAGGCCAUUUUGUAAAAGUUAAUAUUUAACUUCCAGUUAACCUAUUAAGAGAUUUUCCCGUUAGUCUGUAGCUUCUCCAGAGUUGCCUCCUGGCUGCCUCUCACAUUAGGGCUUUUUUCGCCCGGCCUGUCUUCUCCACAAUUUUCUCCAUGACUUGUCUGGUGUGUUUCUGGGUCUUCAUGAUGCUGUUUGUUCACUAAUGUAACAAACAUUUGAGGUCUCUUGACAGAGCAGCAGCAGCAUCUAUGCUGAGAUUAAACUGCACACAGCUGGACCUUAUCUGCUAGUCAGGUGAGGUUUGAAGGCAGGAUGGCUACAAGCAAAUCCAUGCCACACUUUUUACACUUUAUUCAUAGCAAAGUUUUUCUCCCAACUUUACAGUUAUGCACAACUUUGUGUUUGUCUUUCAUGUGAAAUACAUUGAAUUUUGUGGAUGCAAUGUGGGCACAGAGAGGUGUGAAUACUUUUGCAAGGUACCAUAAACAUUUCUCUGGCAUGCUGGGUAAAGCCUCAAUAAUUUCGAUCACCCCAUUGUCUCCCACGCUUGACUCCGCCUCUUGAACCUCAGGGCCUCAGUCGACUCUCACUGGGAAAGAAAAACCAGUCAGUGAUGAUGCUCAGAAGCAAACGACUGAUCCUAAGCUCCGGUUCCCGCUUAUUAGCGGGCCACAUUGCUCCAAUAGUCUCCAAUCCACAUCUGACCGUUUACACACCACUCAGUGUUGCAUUUGGUCUUGUUUAGGGUCUUUAUCUUAGUUUUCUUCCUGCAAGAGCCAAGUUAAGAAAAUCAGAAUAACUCUAGGAGGACUUGUCUUUUAGGCACACAUUGAGAUGCAGUGGUUAAGAAAAAUUUUGAUUUUUGCAGUGUGACUCCAAUUUGUGCUUUGAUUCAAAUUCAUUAGGAUUGGACAUGUAUUAGUUUGUUUAAAAGAAAAAAACAUGACACUGAUUUCCUGUUACCUGUUUGUGUGCGUGUGUGUGCAUUUUCUUUUAGUGGGGUUUUUUUUGUUCUCUAUGAUGUCAAGUUUUUUUAAUCUUCACCCAACUAUUGGACAGCAUUCAGGCUGCGUUCACCUGAGUGAUGAAUGAAAGUUGCAGCUUGAGAAAAGACUCUCUUCAGUGCUGCUGUAGCCAGCCUGGACUAGGCCGGGGAUUUGAGGGAUUCAGAAAAACGCCAGACCUUUGUAGUAUUAAGCUUUGGAACAUGCUUAACAGCGCAUUGACUGAAAUAAAUUCAUAAAGUACAGAUGUUUUUGUUUUAAGAAGCUGUUGUCCUGUAGAGCACUCUGGGCCAAACCAGUGAUUCAAAAUGGAGGGAUUUUUAUGCCCUCCACCAGUAGGUUUCAUCUGAAAAGCAUGCAGAGGAGUCACAUAUUCUUGACUAAACUUAUCAUGAGGUAACCAUUGGAUUUAAAUGUGAGGCCAAAGGAGUGAAACCUUUUCUCCCGGCCCUGUUCUUUGGAAGCCCACAGAGACUGGAUCAGUUGAUCUGAUUUGUUGAAGCAACAUGGGGAGGAAAUGUCCCACAGGUUUCUGAUGCCUUCCCCUCCAUUGUGCACAAACAUCGCUGUUAAGGAUUUGAAAGAACCAACUUUGUGCAUCUCCGAAAUGAAUUGUUUAACAUGUUGUGACAGCACAGACCUGCUAUUCUAUUACGACCACUGACAGCUGAAGUGAAAGUCAUCCUGGUGCUGGGUUAUAUCAUCUGCAAGACAGAGAUGCAGCAAUCAGGCUUUUACUAGCCUAUGCCAUUUUUUUGUUUUCUUUUAGUUCAGUGCCAGCAAAUCCCAAUUUUGUUUUUCUUUCGAAGAAUUACUACUAGAAAUGCAACAAUAAGCUCACUAAUUUCUGGUUUUCUCCAAUGACCGGCCUGCCGAUUCCAAUUUUGCCUGAUUUCAUUUUUUUUUUUUUGUACAAAGUGCUGCAGGUACUGUGAUGAUGUGGUAAUUUUAAAUACAGAACAAAACUAAGGAAUUCCAAUAUCAUCCUAAAUUAUGCAUCACAGCCAAUCCCUCAAUGUUGCUUGAUUUUGUUAUUAAACUCAAAAAAAGUGCACGUUCUUGGUUAAUGUAAUAAUGGACUGAAAAUGUUCUUAGUUUUAAUGCAUUUACUAAACAUUUUUAUAUAUAAACUCCUCUCAAAUGUUAAGUAAAUUAUUAAAGGUAACAUCUACCAAAAUGGACAAAAGUGCUGCAAAUCCUUUGAUAGAAGUCAGGGUUUUGAAUCCAACAAAAAUGGAAAAUUACAAGAUUUUUACCAUUCAUGCAAUAUAGAUUGUGUCACUAACCUUUAUCGGGUUUUUACUAAACUCAAACUUUAUAAGAAAACAUGUUUUUGCUGAUAUGUGAAAGACUGCAAGGAAAACUUUUUAUUUAUUCAUUUACUAUUAUUAUUCGACCUGCUGAUCACUUCCUAGAGCCUGUCCUGGGAAACUUGGCCAACUUUUGAUAAUUGGGUAAUUAAUUGAUGAAGUACUAGGAAAAUGAGGUUGGACCUAUUUAAUAGAAGCUCAAAAUGUUUUGGCUGAUCAGUGAUUCUGAGUUUUACUGCUCAGUUAGAAGAGAAUCAGAUCAUUUGUCUAUUUAAGGUGAUCUCAUUUUAUUGUAUCUUAGUUGAUCCUUUAAAUCCUUGAAUUCAUUGUGGAAUAAAAAAUAAAAAAGAUCAGUUAAAAACAUCUGUUAAAUAUUUCUUCAUUCGAAUAUAUUCAUAAAAAUCAAUUUGAAAAUUC